CAGAAAGGAGCCCCGCGUUUUCCUGCGCCAAAAGGCAAACCUCCACCAAACAACUCCGCGCAAACACGCAACCGCAGAUACCCGCAACCAUGGACGACUCCGAACUCGAACAAAUCCGCAAGGCCCGCCUCGAGCAGCUCAAGGCGCAAGGCGGCGCGGGAGGCAGCUCCGGCGGCGGCGGCGGCGGCUCGAAUAAGCAGCAGCAGCAAGAACAGCGCCAACAACAAGAACAAGAAGCCCGCCAGCAAAUCCUCAACCAGAUCCUGCACCCCGAGGCAGCAGACCGCCUGGGCCGCAUUCGUCUGGUCAAGGAGCAGCGCGCGCAGGACGUGGAGAACAGGUUGAUUAUGCUCGCGCAGAGCGGACAGCUGCGCAGCAAGGUGACCGAGACGCAGCUCAAGGAGCUGCUUGAGGCCGUGGCGGGGACAAAGGAGGAGGAGAAGAUUGUGGUGAGCAGGCGGAAGGGGUGGGAUGAUGACGAUGACGAUUUGUUGGAUUUGUAGGUGUCUGCCAACACUCUACAGAGAGAGAUCAGGGUAACGGGGGUUUGUUUUAUUGAGCAUGCGUGUUCCGUCCUCAGUGUAGGGGUCUCUUUCAGAAUGGCGUGCAGACUUCAAAGGUCUACCAGGGAGACUAUAAAACUACCUCUGCAGGACGAGUUUCCAUGC